AUGUCCUCGAACAAGUUCUUUUUUGUGUUUAAAGAUUCCUUAAUUGAGAGUGAUAGUGCCGGUCUGAGUGUUGUAUCGCUGCGCAAUCCUGCGACAAAAAAUGAAUCAAAAUACCUAAUCCGACGCACCCCAGAUGCAUCCCAUCUGUACGAAGUAAGCUGCUUUAACGAACAACAUCGUUCAUGGUUCAUCAACGAAUCGGUGUGUUCCAAUGGGAAAAUAUUCCUGCCCACGCCAGUCGAUGCACUGUUUCUUGUGUUACCUUACUUAGUAGAAAAGUGCAGCGAACGAGCAGUACCGCUAAAUCAAAUCCUGAUAGACGAUUCGUUCCCGUACAUCUCAAACCUCAACGAUGUGGUUUCUCCGUCGCGAAUGAGCUUGGUUGCGGAUGAAAAGUGUGCCGGCAACAUUAUUGCAUUUAAGUACAACGAGACAAAAACACUGGAAUGGCUUGUUAGCAAAUGCCACCGAUUGAGCAAAGCCAUAGGCAAGCAGGAAUACCCUGCAGCCCGCUCAUUGAACUACAUCAAGGAAGAGAAGGAAAACGAAACGGAGGAGGCGAAGGACGAGCAGGGUACACUGCACACGGCUUUCGGCAUCAUUGCCGAUUAUCUUUCGCUCGAGUUUGGUCGCAAACUCGCGACGGCGCUGGGUUUUCCCGAGGAUGAAAAUAUCUCCAAAAAACGUAAAUCCAUAGUUGACUUGGAGUCCGCGGUCGUGAAAAAGAUCAAAAAGGAAGACAUCCACGAAACGACCCCCGUCAAACUACCGGCAACAGAGAAGAAAGUAUCCGCGAAAGCGAAGGCGCUAGCAAAGGCGGCCAGUGGGUCGAAAAGCAUUUCGAGCUUCUUCAAAAAAUAA